UCUGUCAAACUGACAUUCUUAUUGGAUAGUCCAAAGGCGUGUUCUUUGCUCUAAAAAAAUAGCUCAACUCUGAUUGGUCAAGACGAUUUCCAAUUUGCUGCCGCUCACGUCACAUUUCAACAUGGCUGCGACCAGAGCGUGUGGAGCUGCUGCAAACACUUCUGAAAACAUCAUGUCCCUCAAGAAAGCUUUAUCCGUAGCUUCUCCACUCACUCUGCGAAUCGUCGCUGAAUGCCCUGUAACAAAAGCAAGAGCUUGUGAUCUAAUCCUGCCCCACUCGGCCGUCAGCACCCCGGUUUUCAUGCCUGUCGGGACUCAGGGCACUCUGAAGGGAAUCACUGUGGAUCAGCUGGACGCUCUUGGCUGUCAGAUUUGUCUUGGAAACACAUACCACCUGGGCAUGAGACCGGGGCCUGAUUUGAUCGAGAAAGCCAAUGGUUUGCACGGGUUCAUGAAUUGGAAGAGGAAUCUUUUAACUGACAGUGGGGGGUUUCAGAUGGUGUCUCUUGUCGAGCUCUCAGAGGUCACAGAGGAAGGGGUGAAGUUCAAGUCCCCCUAUGAUGGCAAAGAGAUCCUCCUUACUCCUGAGAAAUCCAUCAGCAUACAGAACAGUCUAGGUUCAGACAUCAUGAUGCAGCUUGAUGAUGUGGUCAGCAGUACGGUGACAGGGCCGCGGGUGGAGGAGGCAAUGCACAGAUCCAUUCGCUGGCUGGACCGCUGCAUAUCAGCCAAUAAAAAUCCAGAAAAACAAAACCUAUUUGCCAUAAUCCAGGGAGGGCUAAAUACAGAGCUGCGCAAGGCCUGUCUAGAUGAAAUGACUCAACGUGAUGUUCCUGGUUUUGCCAUCGGAGGCCUGAGUGGAGGAGAGGAGAAGGAUGACUUCUGGAGGAUGGUGACCCUGAGCACUGACCACCUGCCACGGGAAAAGCCUCGAUACCUCAUGGGUGUUGGGUAUGCUGUGGAUCUGGUGGUGUGUGUUGCUCUGGGAUGUGAUAUGUUUGACUGUGUGUUCCCCACCCGCACUGCGAGGUUUGGCUCAGCCUUGGUUCCUUGGGGAUCUCUCCAGAUAAAAAAUAAGCAGUAUGCCAAAGAUUUCGAGCCCAUAGACCCAGACUGCCAAUGUCCCACCUGCAAAAGACACAGUCGGGCUUACCUCCAUGCUCUGUUUAAGAGUGACAGUGCAGCCAUGCAUCACAUCACUAUCCACAACAUUGCCUACCAGCUCAACCUGAUGCGCUCUGUGAGACAGAGCAUUGUGGAAGGCUGCUUCCCUGAGUUUAUACGGACGUUCAUGAAGCGCAUGUUCCCGUCUCGUGACCAGUACCCGGGCUGGGCCGUGGACGCUCUCGCCUCCGUCAACAUUACACUGGAAUAAAACCUGGAAGGCAACCGUCAUGCUCUCAAUGGGGAUGUCAAACAGUGACUGAAAGAUUUUAAAUGGCUUUUUUAAUGGAUGAUUAUUUUUUACUCUUUGUUUAUACUUGUUUAUAAAUUGCUUGUUUGUUUGGCAAUGAGGCAAAUGGCUUUUGAUCUGAUAGAUGAAGCCUGAUUAUCUUCUGCUUUACUCAGCCUCUGCAAAUUGUCCUCAUACUAGACAUUAUGGUAAUGUGAGACUGAAUGGGGUUUAAAUGAGGUUUGAAACACAUGAACUAUCUCCUCUGAUGUGCGCCGACACUUUUGGUUGUUACCAUGGCUACGAAGUUGGCCCACCCAUUGGAAAUGAAAUGUUUUGCCUUCCUGUCAACCUGGUGUUUCAUUUCUGCCAAAGGCACGAGAUAAAUAAAUGUGUUUGUAUUCUGGUGUUUUAACCUACAGACUAGAGGUUGUCAGA